UUUGACGUCAGGGAUCCGAUCAGCUGAUCGUCACUGUGUCAGACUGUGCGCCGCGCGUUGACAACAGCACGAGUUUCAACCGUAGCUUGUUUCACCUUGUUGUGAGCGCAGCUGGAGAUCUCGCACGGAGAUAUCAGCCGCGGCAGCGCCGACCCCGAGAUGCCGAAAUACUGUUCGGUCCCAAACUGUAGGAAUGACACCGGAAACGGCAACGAAAGGAAAAGCUUCUACAAGUUCCCUCUACAGGACCCAGUCCGACUGCAGCAGUGGCUGAGGAACAUGGGCCGCGAGAACUGGAUUCCCUCUCGACAUCAGUAUAUUUGCCACGAGCAUUUUGCGCCUUCGUGCUUCAAGGUGCGAUGGGGGAUCCGUUACCUUGAGACUGAUGCUGUGCCCACAGUCUUCCAGGAGGCCGAGAAACGGAAAGCCACAGAUCAAAGUGAGAAGAAGCCAAAACGGCUUCGAGGUAACAGUAAUCAAAGCAUAACGGUGCCAGAUGACAGGACGGUGGCUGUGGAUGCUGUAGAGAUGGAAAGUACAUUGCACACGGUGCACCUGUAUGAGAUCACCGUCGACCCGUCGCAGCAGGGCGAAACCAGCUUGGUGGAGUCAAGUGACGUUGGAGAGUCUGACUGCUCUCUCAAGACAGACCUGAAAAUGCUGGCAUCAGUGGACGGAUUCGAAAUGGGGGCAAAUUUCCCUUUAACUUUAUUCCAGACAGUAGAUGAUGUAAGUAAUGGCGGAGAGAACACAGAGGUGGUAGUGAUGUCCGAAUGCCCUGCCGGAGAAGGGCAGCAUGAGCUUGUGGAUGGAAUCGCUGCUGCCAUUUUAACUCAGGGCCACGGGCUGGUCUUGAACGACUCCACACUCGGCUGUACAGAUGAGGCUGUGGCCUCGCUCGGUGUCGAAGAUGUAACCUGUACAACAGAGGAGUUCUUAGAAGCCCAAGAAGGCCACAAAACUCAAGUCAUCGCCUACUUUGAGACGAUACCGAAUGUUUUCCCCAAUGAAGCCUCUACCCAGUUCACCUUCUCCCCGGACACGGUGCUGUCGUCCGCUCUGAGCUCCAAGCCCAUCACGUCUACACUGCCUAUAGUGUCCAAACACGUGCCACCUUCCCCCACGUCGCUGGUCCUCACUGUGGAAAGACUGGACACAGACGGGGGAGAGGGAGACGAUGGCAAGUCAGAGGAGGAUUGCAUAGAGCGGCAGGAUCACCAGCUGGAGGAGCACUGCUACCAUAGGAACAGUCUGAGUAAGGAGCAGCUGGAGGCGAUCGUGGCUGAGCUGCAGAAAAAGGUGAAAGUGCUGCAGCAGCGACACCGGCGACACCUGGAGAAACUCCUAGGUCUGGAGAACACGGUUAGCCAACUGAGACAAAGCAACCUGCUGAACGAAGAGCGACUACAGCUGCUCGAGAGGGCUUAUAUACAGACCAGUGCAGCAGUGUCAGAUGCCGGUGAGACUGUGGCCAUCAUCUAUGAAGAGGACGACGCUGCGUACUCGUAUGCGCCACUGAAUGACGCAGAAGAAAAGCUGUGAGGCCCAACUGACUGUGGACAUCCCAGCCGUGUGUCUGUCUGCUGCCCCUCAUGCCAAGAAUUGAGUGACAUGGCUAAUGCUGUUGAAAACGAAAUGCUACCUAAUUGUUUUUUUGUUUUUUUUGCAAGUUUUCUCUUAACAAAAUGAGGUCUGUGUAUGAAAUGUGGCAGUGUGGUGUUGGAUCUGCUGUAAGCUUUGCACAUUUAUGGAUGAGUAAUUUGGGACAACUGUUGAAUGUGUUUUUCUUUUCUUUUUUUUAUAUGGGUUUUGCCUCUCCACCUCCCUUCCUCCUACCAGUUUUCAUUUGGUGUAUUAAAGUAUUUUUGUUUGUGAUAAUGUA